CUUUCUGUACUGUUUAUCCCGACGUCAGUUAGCACGGCUUGCACUGCUGCUGCUGUCUCGCUCAGUCUCUCAACUACGUUUCAACAAGAAUUCGGGAAUCGACGGGCUGGAGUCCACAACUUGCACAUCGGUCCUCGCGGAGUCACUGAAAUGAUUUCUGCAGCUAUUCCAAAAUGGACUAAAACAGCACAAUGAACACCUGCGCUUUUCUGCUGAUCCUGGCCGUUCAAAUCUACGCCGACGGCAUAGAGGGACCAACAGCAGCAGGCUGCACCUUUGACGAGGAUUCUGAGCCCAGUCUGUGUGACUUCACCCAAGGGGAGGAGGAUGACUUUGACUGGCAGCUCUUCCGGACACGCAACUCGCCCCACGCCUCUUCUGAUCUCCUGCGUGGUUCCUAUAUGCUGGUGAACUCUUCCCAGCAUGCUGCAGGGCAUCGCGCCCAGCUCCUGCUGCAGACGCUGAGUGAAAACGACACACACUGCGUCCAGUUCAGCUACUUCCUGUACAGCCGCGAUGGCCACAGUCCAGGGGCACUGCGGGCGUAUGUUCGGGUCAACGGCGGGCCGCUGGGUAGCCCAGUAUGGAACAUGUCGGGGUCCCACGGACGACAGUGGCACCAAGUGGAGCUGGCUAUCAGCACCUUCUGGCCCAAUGAGUACCAGGUCCUGAUCGAAGCAACUGUUUCCAGGGAGCGGCGAGGCUACAUUGCCAUGGAUGACAUCAUGCUCCUGACCUAUCCCUGUUAUAAGGCGCCCCACUUCUCCCGGCUGGGGGAUGAGGAGGUCAAUGCUGGGCAGAAUGCCACCUUCCAAUGUGUGGCAUCGGGCCGGGCAUCGGAAGCUGAGAAGUUCCUACUGGAGAGGAACAGUGGGGACGUGACAUCUACAGCCUUGGUCAAGCACCUGAGUCACCGGCGCUUUGUGGCGUCAUUCCAGGUGGACAGUGUGCAGCGCACCGACCAGGACCUGUACCGCUGUGUCACCCAGUCCUCCAGGGGCUCUGGGGUCUCCAACUUCGCUGAGCUCAUUGUCAAAGUUCCCCCCUCCCCUAUCGCACCCCCACAGCUGCUGCGAGCGGGCUCCACAUAUCUGAUCAUCCAGCUCAACACCAACUCCAUCCUGGGAGACGGCCCUAUCAUCAGGAAGGAGAUUGAGUACCGGGCCAGCCAAUCACCUUGGUCCGAGGUCCAUGGGGUCAACAUGGUCACCUACAAGCUGUGGCACCUGGACCCAGACACGGAGUAUCACAUAAGUGUGUUGCUGACCCGGCCCGGAGAGGGCGGCACCGGACCACCCGGACCACCCCUCGUCAGCAGGACUAAGUGUGCAGAACCCACACGGGCCUUGCGAGGUCUCACAGCCUCAGAGAUCCAGUCCAGGCAGCUGACCCUGCAGUGGGAGACGCUGGCCUACAACUUGACCCGCUGCCACACCUACUCUGUGUCACUGUGCUACCACUAUGCCACCGCAGGGGGCGGUGGAGGGCAAAACACUACUGUGCGCGAGUGCCUGGCGGUGGAGCACAACGCCUCACGCUUCACCCUGCGCGACCUGCCGCCCUACCACUCCAUCCACGUCCGUCUGGCGCUCGCCAACCCUGAGGGCAAGAAGGAGGGUCGGGAGGUCACCUUCCACACUGAAGAGGACAUUCCCGGCGGCAUCGCCCCUGAGUCGCUGACCUUCACCCCCCUGGAGGACAUGAUUUUCCUCAAGUGGGAGGAGCCAGUGGAACCCAACGGUCUCAUCACCCAAUACGAGAUCAGCUACCAGAGCAUUGAGUCGUCUGACCCGGGCAUCAACGUGCCAGGACCUAGGAGAACAGUGUCGAAGCUGAGGAAUGAGACCUAUCACAUGUUCUCCAACCUUCACCCUGGCACCACAUAUCUGAUUUCGGUCCGCGCCCGCACAACCAAGGGCUUCGGCCAGACUGCCCUAACUGAGAUCACCACCAACAUUUCUGCUCCAAUGUUUGACUAUGGAGACAUGCCGUCCCCUCUGAGUGAAACAGAGAGCACGAUCACUGUGUUGCUUCGCCCCGCCCUGGGCAGGGGAGCACCCGUCAGUAAGUACCAGGUUGUGGUGGAGGAGGAGAGUGGCAGGAAGGUAAAGAGGGAACUGGGGGUUCAGGACUGUUACCCUCUGCCCAUGUCCCACGGGGAUGCUCAAGCCAGAGGGACCCCCCACUACUACACGGCCGAGCUGCCCCCCAGCAGCCUGCCUGAAGCCAGCCCCUUCACCGUGGGGGACAACCACACCUACAAUGGCUACUGGAACACCCCGCUGGACCCCCGCAAGAGCUACCUCAUCUACUUCCAGGCCAUGAGCAACUUCAGAGGGGAAACCAGAAUAAACUGCAUCCGAAUAGCCCGCAAAGCGGCCUGUAAGGACCACCGGCGGGCUCUGGAGGUGUCCCAACACUCAGAGGAGAUGGGGCUGAUCCUGGGGGUGUGUGCUGGGGGCCUGGUGGUGCUCAUCCUGCUCCUGGGGGCCAUCAUCAUCAUCAUCAAGAAGGGAAGGGACUACUACUCUUACUAUCCGAAGCCAGUGAACAUAAAUAAGACGCCGAUAACGUAUCGUCAGGAGAAGAGUCAAAUGGGUUCCAUGGAGCGCAGUUUCACUGACCAGAGUACUCUGCAGGAGGACGAGCGCAUGGCCCUCUCUUUCAUGGAUGCACACACCUGCAGCACGCGCAGUGAGCAGCGUAGCUCAGUGAACGAGUCCAGUAGUCUUCUGGGGGGUUCCCCGCGACGGCAGUGUGGGCGUAAGGGCUCACCCUACCACACGGGUCAGCUCCACCCUGCUGUGCGCGUGGCCGACCUUCUACAGCACAUCAACCAGAUGAAAACUGCAGAGGGCUACGGCUUCAAACAGGAGUACGAGAGCUUCUUUGAUGGCUGGGACUGCACCAAAAAGAAGGACAAAACUAAAGGGAGGCAUGACACGUUGAUGGGAUACGACCGCCACAGAGUCAAGCUCCACCCACUCCUGGGAGACUCCAACUCUGACUACAUCAACGCCAACUACAUAGACAUUCGGAUUAACAGGGAAGGCUACCAUCGAUCCAACCACUUCAUAGCCACUCAGGGGCCCAAACAGGAGACAGUGUAUGACUUCUGGAGGAUGGUGUGGCAGGAAAACUGCUUCAGCAUCGUCAUGAUCACUAAACUGGUUGAGGUCGGCAGGGUGAAAUGCUGUAAAUACUGGCCUGAUGACAGUGAGAUGUAUGGAGACAUCAAGAUCACACUGCUGAAGACGGAAACACUGGCAGAGUACACAGUUCGUACUUUUGCCUUGGAGAGGAGGGGCUACUCAGCUAAACACGAGGUGCGUCAGUUCCACUUCACGUCCUGGCCGGAUCAUGGGGUUCCCUACCACGCCACAGGCCUGCUGGCCUUCAUACGGCGGAUCAAAGCAUCCACGCCCCACGAUGCCGGACCUGUGGUCGUCCACUGCAGUGUGGGGGCAGGACGCACAGGCUGCUACAUCGUGCUGGACGUCAUGCUGGACAUGGCCGAGUGUGAGGGCGUGGUGGACAUCUACAACUGUGUCAAAACCCUCUGCUCACGACGCAUUAACAUGAUCCAGACAGAGGAGCAGUACAUAUUCAUCCAUGAUGCCAUCCUGGAGGCUUGUCUGUGUGGAGAGACGGCCAUCUUGGUGAAUGAGUUUGCCCUCACCUACAAAGACAUGCUGCGGGUGGACUCUCAGAGCAACUCCUCCCAGCUACGAGAAGAGUUCCAGACGUUGAACUCGGUCACACCUCACCUGGACAUGGAGGAGUGCAGCAUCGCCCUGCUCCCCAGGAACCGGGAGAAGAACCGCAGCAUGGACGUGCUGCCGCCCGACCGCGCCCUGGCUUUCCUGGUCACCACUGAGGGCGAGAGCAACAACUACAUCAAUGCGGCACUCACUGACAGCUUCCACCAGCCCGGCACCUUCAUCGUCACCCCUCACCCGCUCCCCGCUACCACCGCUGACUUCUGGAGGUUGGUGUUUGACUACGGCUGCACCUCGGUGGUCAUGCUCAACCAGCUCAACCAGUCCAACUCUGCCUGGCCCUGUGACCAGUACUGGCCAGAGCCUGGUCUACAGCAGUAUGGGCCCAUGGAGGUUGAGUUCCUGUCCAUGUCAGCUGACGACGACAUCAUCACUCGUCUAUUCCGUGUCAAAAACGUGACAAGGCUCCAGGAGGGCCAGCUGGUGGUGUGUCAGUUCCAGUUCCUGCGCUGGUCAGCCUACCGCGACGUGCCCGACUCCAAGAAGGCCUUCCUCAGCCUACUGGCUCACGUACACAAGUGGCAGAGGGAGUGUGGAGAUGGCCGCACCAUUGUCCACUGCCUGAACGGCGGUGGGCGCAGUGGGACGUUCUGUGCCAGCGCCAUCCUGCUGGAGAUGAUCCAGUACCAGAACAUGGUGGACAUAUUCUACUGCGUCAAGACGCUCCGCAACUCCAAACCCAACAUGGUGGAGUCACUGGACCAGUACCGAUUCUGUUACGACCUUAUUCUGGAGUACUUGGACUGCAUAGAAGACAGCAUGAGAUAGCAAUAUGUUCCGUAGCUGGUGCAUCUCGUGGGCUGUGAAUGCUGACUGGGUUACAUACCCUGUGACCCCCUCAACAUUGAUUUUAUUGUUUGGAUUAAUGGGUCUAAGCUGUUGUGAAGGACAACAAUGGAAGAAAAACAAACAAACACACAAAAGGGGAAAGUGCUCCUCACUUUUAACCCUUUAAUGUACAGCUGUGGUUUCCUCCAUUUUAUUGUUGACAUUGUUGUUUUCAUUUUUGAUACUUUUUGUUUCGUUUUUGUGCGUUUUUAGUCUUUGCCUCUGGACUGAAGCUUUUUUGUGCUAAAUGUUUCUGUGGUGUCAACGAUGAAGAAACAUGAGAGAGUACAAAGACCUGUGGAGAGGUCGCCCUGCCUUUCAUCAUUUUCUUCAAACAUGGAUGGCCUGGACAGUUUUUUGUCUUGUUGAUGAGGGUCCGGAGCUAAAAACAGAAUUUGACUCUCUACAUAGAAGUGUUCCAGUCUCUCCAAGAGCCACAGCGACUGCAGCCUACUGUUGUGAAGACAAGACAUCUCUACCACAAACUGCCUUACCGUCCCCUAACACUGGGUAAGAUACAGUACAACUCAAUGGAAGGAUUUCAAUGGGCUACAUAAACAACAAUGCUUUGCGUAACAAAUUUGCCAAUUUGGCAGUGCUAUGAUAAAUAGAAGAGUCAUCGAGACAUGGGAGCAUGAAGUACAAUUUGAUGUGUUUGCCACUUUUUGUGACGGGCCAACCUGGUAUGUCAUAAGACUGAUCCAAUUCCCAUCAAAGGGGAUGCCUAACCUGUCACUUAAUUGAAUUGUGCCAAUCCCGCAGACUGACUUGAAUCCUGUCUUCACUUUGUUCUACUCCUUCAUGUUGAUACAUGUACAGUGCAUUCGGAAAGAAUUCAGACCCCUUGACUUUUUCCACAUUUUAUUCUGUUACAGUCU